GUGAAUUUUAAAAUAUUUGUGACUUUGGAAUGGCGCAAAUAUUUUAUUUUUACAAUCUAGAACAGUAGACACGUGCAAUAAUCAUGCCCACAAAACUAAGUUACUUUGAAAUUAAUAAAAGGUUCGACUUUGCUGUUCCCUUAGAGGAUAUUUUUACCGAUGUUGAAAUUCACCCAAGACUACAGUACAUUUUUCAACAAGCUUAUGAAAACUAUUUGGAAAGUCAUCAGGAUAUAGAAGAAAUUUUAAAAGAACCAUCUUUAAAUGAAUGUUUACAAUUAAAACAGUAUGUCACUUUUGAAAAACACUUGGGAAUAAAUAUUCAAUGGUACUCAGCUGGUUCCUAUUUCUGGAUAAUUCGUCACUUCCUAGGACAACUACCUAUACCUUUGCUGCCAACAGUGACUAGUAGACAUAAGUAUCAAUGGAAUGAGUUAUCAAUGAAAUGCAAAAGAGUAUUACAUGCAGAUAAUAGAACAGAUACUGAUUAUAGAUAUUUGUCAUAUAAUAUUACAAAGAGUUUAAGUCAUUUGCCUCUUCAGCACAAACUAUUACUCAAUACCUUGAUUAUGUUUAUAAGAGAAGUUUCUAAGAAAAGAAACUGUAAGAUUACAAUUAAAUGUCUAGCCAGAUACUAUUGUGAAGCUAUAUUCUCUAGACCAUUUAGACCAGGACACAAUGAUAGGCAUGAAACAAUGCUUCCUCUUCUAAUAUUCAUGAUAGCAAAGUGGCAUCAUAAAUUUUUAAGAACCGAGUUUGUGCCUUUCUACCAAUUUAAUAAGAAAUAUUCUGUCAAUGGUUGCACUCAAACAAACUGGUUAACACAAAACUAUCAACUGGUAAAGUAUCUUAAAGAUGUUGACUGUCAAACGAAUGCAAGUGCUAUUUGUGCAACCAAUGAUCCCUCAACAGAUGAAAAUAAUAAUGGUCUACCACAAAUUAAUAGAAAUAUCUCAACCGAUGAUCUUCCAGAUAAUAGCAGCAACAAUGAAGCCCCUUCGGGUGAAAAAAUUAAUACCCCCAUUAAGCAACACAGAACUUUUGUUAACAGCUUGAUGGAUAUAAAAGAAGAAGAUAUACUGUGUGAACGGUGUAAACAGUUUGAUAAUAUUUUUAACAGCACUCUUCAAACUGAACAAGAGGGUGCGUGGGAUGAUGUUGUUAAAGAAAUUAGGAAUACUGUUCGGAAAGUGGAAAUGUAUGAUUAUGAAAGUGAGGCGAAGCAUCUAGCAGGAGGUAACUCAAGCACAUUUGAAAGUGACUCAACAUUUGAAUCCGACCCUUGUGUAACAGCUGAUAACUUUAUGGAAAACACUAGUCUAAAAACCACCGAAAACAAAAGUAUUGACAAUAUUAAUGAUAGCGUAUACAAAACACCCAAAGGACAGCUACAGAAUACAUCUUUGUAUUACAGUUUCUGUAAAUCUGAGGAUGAACUAUACAGUAAAAAUGGAAGAGAAUCAAAUAAUGCUGAGUAUUGUGAUAAUAUACAUAAUAAUGAGGCUAUAAGCUGGAAAGACGAUCAAAAUGCUUCUGGUUUUAGUUCUAACCGAUUAAAGAUGAAAAUGAACAUCCUAAGGAAACUUCACCCAAAGUUAAUUGAAGCAAAAGAAAGUUUUAAAAAAUUUUCAACUAAUUCUGUAAAAUAUAAACCAUUGAAGUUUUAAAAUAUUUUAGGCUUUUAUUUAUUUUAUCUUAUAAUUAUACCUUUUCUUUAAAAAAGAAUGUGUU